ACUAGCCCAGCGCUGGAAACAACCCGAACGGCGUCCUUCAGCGGUGGAGGGACAAACAGGCCGCGGCGCACCGAUACCCGCGGCGUGAGCGGAUAGCGAGAGCCCUGUGCGGGGCCACAGGCCAGACAGGAGAAGAACGCACCCUGUGUGGUCCCACGGCACCCAGGACGGCCGCAGAUGGCAGUGUCUCUGGGAACGGCAGCUGUGACUAAGUCCGAGGGCCAAUGCUGAACCGCUGAGCUGCUCGGGCCGAGGUGGUGAGCUCAGUGCAGAGCCCCGGACCAGGCGUCUCUCUGCAGGGCGUGAGCUGGGGCCACGGCGAUGCCGCACUUCCUGGACUGGUUCGUGCCGGUCUACCUGGUCAUCUCCGUCCUCAUCCUGGUGGGCUUCGGCGCCUGCAUCUACUACUUCGAGCCCGGCCUGCAGGAGGCGCACAAGUGGCGUAUGCAGCGCCCCGCGGUGGACCGCGACCUCCGCAAGACACUGAUGGUCCGCGACAACCUGGCCUUCGGAGGCCCAGAGGUCUGAGCUGAAGGCUCUGGGCUGGGGCUGGGGCCCCGGGCACCCUCCCCGGCCCCACCCGGCUUGGAGACCCUGGGGCAAAGGGAGGACGACCUCCGGGCCUCCGGACCCUCCAUCCCAGCAGAUGUCUCUGGGUGCUUGGGGCGGACCCUGGCUGUGGAAAGAUGGGGCACCUGGGUGCUCGGAGGUGUUGCUGCCGCUGGCUGAGGGCUGGGGCUCCCCGCCUCAGGCUAGCUCACCCCGUGCCCGCCUUCCCCGGCUCUUGGGACACCCCCACUGGCCCCCAGUGCCUUUGUGCUGCCCGGCACUCCUGUCCCUCCCUCCACGUGGAGUCCCGAGCCUCCAGGGCUCCCACGUUCCCACUCAGUCUCCAGUCACACUCGGGUCCCUGCUCCACCCAGCGGCACCACGGACCCCACAGCUCCUGGUGGCUGCUUCCAAGCUGACCCAAGGAAAGGGCCCCAUCUGGACGGGGGUCAGCUUGGUCCGGACCAGCCCCCACCCCUCUGGGCUCAGACUUGGCACUGGUGUGUGUGGAGGGCUGUUAGAGGGGCAAGGCCACGGGGAAGGAGGUGUGUGUGUGUGUGUGUGAGAGAGAGACAGAGAGAGAGACAGAGAGAGAGUCUGGGGGAAGUGGGGAGACACGUGGGGGGAGGAGAUGUGUGUUUGAGGGGGGACUGAGGGUCCCAGGCAGGAGGCGUGGGGAUGGGGUGAGCUCUGUGGACAGUCUGGGGGUCACCCACGGCAGCUCCCGCCCCCUCCCCCUGCCCUUGCUCCUGAGCCAGGUCCCCCAGCCCCGCACCCCCACCCUGAACCCGCCUCCCGUGUGGGGCGCUGUUGCCUCGUGGUGGACACAGAUCGGCAACCUGCCUCGCUCUCUCCCUCUGGGGCUUCCAUCUUAAUUUAUUGCAAUAAAAAGA